GUUCCGUACCCUUUGAGGUCAGUUGAAAUUUAGGGUUUAUAGAGAACGCCUAUCUGGUUGGAGAGGUGAAAUUGGAACGGAAAAAAUGUCGAAGAAGAACAAUUUAGCCAAGAGAAAGAAGCAGCACGAGUACAAUCUCCAAAAAGAGAAAGAGUUACAGGACAAGAAGAUCAAGAAGCUUCAUGCCAACAAGAAUAAGAUGAAAGUUGAUGGAAGUGGGAAGAAGAAGAAAGGUGGAUUUUCUGUUGGCAAGAAGAAAUUAAAGACAAAACUGACUCCAACUGCUAAAGCUAAAGCUGCUCAGGCAAUGGAGCUAGACAAUUGACAAGGAACUUCGUUUUUUUUCACUUGUAUGUAAAAUUGUUCUUCAUUGAUCUUCGUCUUUACUUUGGAGAAAUCAUGUUGAAGCUAGCUUCUUCUUAUAGGUUAAACUCUUAUGUAUCACUCUCUCUUUUGAAUGCAAGAUUUUGCUAUCUAACCGGAUCGGGAUCAUUGUGGAAUGUAGCUAUUGAUGAAGUGAAAUGUGUAUGGUUCCUAAUUGCUUCUAAAGUUCAAAUUCAGCAUAGAUUCUGAUUUCUCUGAGAAAAAGUCAACUUUUAGGUAAACAAAACAAAGACACAAGUAUGUUUAUAAUUGGCAUAAGACUUUCAUGGUGCAUUAGUCAGACCCAAG